AGAAUAAUUUCCACAUCUUGUCCACCUCAACAGUGGAUAAAAAGAUGUGUUGGGAAGUAAUAUGCUCUGGCCCGCUUCCGGCUAGCAGGAGCGACGAGGUCCUGUCAAUCAGCUGUGACCCCACUUUACAUGGGCUGGCUCUUGAUAGGCGGGUAUGGUUGUCACCCCCUCAUGACUGCAUGGGCUCUCGAUCCCUGUCCUAGUAGCUAUGCAGCCACGGACUAUUCCUGGCAGGGCCCUGAUUGUAAUUGUAAUUCCCCAAUUCAUACCAUUGUCACUUUACCCACUGAUUGUUUUGUUUUAAUUCCCUAAUCGCCCCAUCUAUAGGUUAACCCAGACUGGUACGUAUCGCUCGUAUCUGAUCUGGGGGAGACUGGAGCAGGCCCCAAGAUGUAGACCCUUCUCAUGCUUGACUCGGGUGGUUGGGCUACCUAGCGGUGUUAACAAAAACCACUUGGAUCUAGCUAGGGUUUAAGGAACAAAGCUGUGGUCAAAUGGAGGAGAGAAAGCUGAAGCGGAAAAGCCCCAGACCCUCCACAAACCAGCCAGCACCCCCUGCGUCUGCCCGAAAAAAUACCACCUCCGGCAGGGCCCUGCCGUUUGGAUCGCACUCCAGUCAGAAAACCAAGUAUAAGAGAGGUGUACGAGACAAGCCCCGGCCUCCGGGUCCAGCAGGGAAGGCCACCCAAUCAGCCCCUAUCCAGCACUCCUUCCUCACAGAUGUGUCUGAUGUCCAGGAGAUGGAGAAGGGGCUGCUGAGCCUCCUCAACGACUUCCACUCUGGCAAGCUGCAGGCCUUCGGUAACGAGUGCUCUAUCGAUCAGAUGGAGCAUGUGAGGGAAAUGCAGGAGAAGCUGGCCCGUUUGCACUUUGACCUCUAUGGAGAGGUGGACGAGAUGCCGGAGGAGCAACGCAAGGGUGCAAGCGACACCAACAUGGACAAACUUCUGCUCAACCUGGAGGAGCUCAGUUCAUCCAUUCAAAAGCUCAACCUUGCGGACAGCCAGGAGGCACCCAGAACUGCCACUGUCUGAUUGGCUGGAGCUCAAGAUGCAACCAGAACAGCCACCCUCUGAUUGGAUGGAGCUCAGAUCUGCUUACAAGCUGAAUCUCCAUAGGAACUGAAGACACUGUAGUAUUAAGGACCUUUUUGGUUGUCAGUCUCAUGCAAGGAAUAGAAAGGCUCAGCCAAUUAAAUUGUCAACUGUUUGUAAGAGCCAGGCAUCAAUAUUAGAAUUUGAAUGUGUUUAUCUGUGAUAUUAGUUGUUCCCUUUUUGAGUUUUGCCCAGACAUACUAGCAUUUGGCCCAGAGGCGCUAUGACAUAUCUCUGGGGAACCCUGGAAUCUGUUUUAUGUGAUGCAAUCAGAUCAUUUCUUAUGUUAAUUGCUUAAUUGCACCUUUUAAGGUAUUGUCUGUGUACUACUGAGGGGGCGGAUAUAGAGUUCUGAUCUGUACUAAUGAGGGGGCAGGUAUAUAAUUCUGAUCUGUACUAAUGAGGGGGCAGGUAUAGGGAUUCUGAUCUGUACUAAUGAGGGGGCAGGUAUAGGGCUUCUGAUCUGUACUAAUGAGGUAUAGAGUUCUGAUCUGUACUAAUGAGGGGGCAGGUAUAGAGUUCUGAUCUGUACUAAUGAGGGGGCAGGUAUAGGGAUUCUGAUCUGUACUAAUGAGGGGGCAGGUAUAGGGCUUCUGAUCUGUACUAAUGAGGUAUAGAGUUCUGAUCUGUACUGACGAGGGGGAAGGGAUUCUGGUCGGUAUAUGAUCAUUAUGGAAUUCUUGUGAAAAUGUUGGCCAGUUGUCUUGCUGUUACGUGUGAAUAUUAUAUAAAAGCCCAGAGGUGAUCAGAAUGUAUGUUAUGUAUAUUAUAGGGGCGGCUUUUUGUGUUACUUCAUCUGUAAUUAUAUUGUAUAUUGCUUCUUUGCAUUCUAUCCAAUUAUAUUGCAUAUAUGUUUCAGAAGAAACAGAAUGUAAUUAUCAAACAGCUUAUCUAAUUAUCUCUUUUUUGGGAGAGGAGGGCAACAGUGUUUUGUCAAUAAAAGUGCAAUAAGAAUGUAA